AUGCACAUCAUCAAUUUCACCACCCUUGUGGUUCUCAUCGCCAUACACUGUGCAUUCGUCUCCAGUCACCCAAGUCCGAUAGAUCUCCAAGACAAUGCCCCUACAGCUAUGGAGUCACACUCACACCCAGCAGGCCAUGAUAGUCUCAUAGUCAGAGAGGCUCUUCAAGGCAAUACCGAUCUUACAAUCGAAGAAUUAGUGGGCAUUAAUUUGUUGCCAAUUCCAGAGGAUUGCAAAAUCUUAUUUGAAAAAGCCGUACCGGCGGCGAGAAAGGCAUUUGAGUGGUCAAGAAAGAAAGUCUGCGAUGACUAUAAAUGCAAAAUAAAAUUCUCGCCAGUUUACAAAAAGUACUCGAUCAAUCCUAUCAAGAAGGACAUCAUUAUGACCUGGAUAUUUGGCUUUUUUGAAAAGCAAGGUCAUCCUAUUCAGAAGCAUGGCAUAAACCCAGACAAGAUAUUUGACUCAAUCGUGAAAAAAUGCAUUGAGUCGGAUAAGGAGAUUAUGGGGAUUCAAAAUACCUGUACCGCCAGCCAAGAAAAGUUCAAGGAGAUAAAAGGCUGUGUUAUUGGUGAAGUGAUGCCUUACGCGGCCAAAGUAGGUCCAUGGGCCGAUAAAGCAUGCAAGCUUGCACUUAGUCACAAAUUGGUUGAUAAGAUAGUCAAACCUGAGUUCACGCCUAAUUGGCGCAAAAUGGUAACUGGUUUCAAAAAUGACAAACUAUGUGGGAAAUAA